AUGGAAACCUAUGAUGUGAAAUCAAGCCAGUGUCAUGUUGGGAUUUUGUUCUGCAGUGAAUGCAACAACAUGUUGUAUCCUAAAGAGGAUAAGCGUACAAAAACAUUAUACUACGCAUGUCGUAACUGUGAUUAUUCCCAGGAAGCAGACAAUCCCUGUGUUUAUAUCAACAAACUGGAACAGGAAGUUGAUGAAUUGGCUUUAAUUGUACCGGAUGUUGUUCAUGAUCCAACACUGCCUCGAACAGAAGAUCAUAUAUGUCGUCGAUGCGGUAAACAAGAAGCUGUAUUUUUUCAAUCACAGACAUUGAAAGCGGAAGAAAAUAUGCGUUUAUAUUAUGUUUGUACCAAUGUUGACUGUUUACAUAAAUGGACUGAAUAG